GUGUGCCAUUUCAGCAUCCAGGGGCCAGAGAGGAGGGAACGCGCACAAUUCCUGGGAUGAAUGCAAGGAAGGAGAAAUCCCACGUCUGUAUCGACUGUGGGAAAUGCUUUGCCCGCCCCUCCGACCUGGCUAAGCAUGAGAACAUCCACACGGGCGCAAAACCCUUUCGCUGCAUGGAGUGCGGGACACGAUUCAGUCAGCUCUCCCACUUGACCAGGCACCAGAGGAUUCACACGGGGGAAAAACCACACAUGUGCACCGAAUGUGGCGCAUCGUUCGCCCAGCGGGCCUCCCUGGUUAGUCACCAGAGAGUCCACUCGGGAGAGCAGCCCUAUCGCUGUUCUCACUGCCAGCAGUGCUUCAGCCACCAGUCAGCGCUCAAGGUCCACGAACGCAUCCACACGGGCCAGAAACCCUACAUAUGCCUGGAAUGCGGGAAAAGGUUUGUUUCUUCCUCCACGCUGAAAAUCCACAAGCGGAUCCAUACGGGGGAAAAGCCGUUUUCUUGUUCCGAAUGUGGGAAGCGAUUCAUUCAGCGCUCCAAUCUGAUCUCGCACCAGCGAACACACUCCGGGGAGAAGCCGUUUUGCUGCGGGGUCUGUGGGAGAAGGUUCAGCUACCCCUCGGACCUGACGAGACACCAGAAGAUCCACACGGGAGAGAAGCCGUUUCCCUGCGACGAGUGCGAGCGGCGGUUCACCAGGUUCUCGGACCUUCUCAUACACCGGAGGAUCCACACUGGGGAGCGGCCGUAUCGCUGUCUCGAGUGCGGGAGGAGAUUCCGUCAGAAGAGCGCCUUGGUGACGCACCAGAGAAUCCACACGAAAGAGAAGGCGUCGGGGAAAAACAAGCCCAUAGUAUCGGCGGAGUCACAGGCAAAUAGUGAACUGAAAGUUAGUGAGAUGGAAGAGAAGGUAGACAUUCCAGAGAAAGACGAGAAGGAGAAAGAUGCAUUGAGAACUGUCAGGGCUGAGCGACAGGAAGGAGUCCCACAGCGUUUGGAAGUGCAGUGGCAAGAGUUCCUCAAGACAGUCCAGUCCCCUUCUUCAGGGUGGGGAAACCCACAACCUCUGGACAUGAUGCCAUGGGAUGACCUUGCUUGUUUUGAGCGGGCAGCUGAUACCGGCCAGUGGCCUCAAGGAGAGUGGGUGAGUCGACUGGUGCCAAACCUCAGCAGAGAACCCCAGCAGGCCUGUAAUGGCCUGGAAGCCAGAGACAUAGGGCACCAUUGCAAGGCGAAAGUUGUUGCCCUACAAGAAGACUCUACUCAUGUGGAGAAGCAGCGUCAACAUUUCAGGCAGUUCUGCUACCAAGAGGCUGAGGGCCCCCGGGAGGUAUGCAUCCGGUUGCGGGAGCUCUGCCAUUGCUGGCUAGAGCCAGAGAGCCGAACGAAGGAGCAGAUUUUGGAGCUGCUGAUCCUGGAACAGUUCUUGACAAUCCUGCCCAAGGAGAUCCAGAACCAAGUUCAGGAACGUGGACCCGAAACCUGUGCCCAGGCUGUGGCCCUGGCAGAGGGUUUCCUGGUGAGGCAGCGAGAGGGCAAGAGACCGGACGGACAGGUGGAGAGGCUGUUUCAAGGAGUGCCUGUGAACUUUCCUGACACACAAAGAGCUUUGUCAAACAGCAGGCCCAGACAGCUCUGCAAGGAAGCAAGACCGCCAGACAUCAGGAAUGCCAGUUCACAAGGCACUAAAAUCAUGCCGAGCAGGUUCGAGGAGCAGUUUGGACUACAAAACUGCAGAAAAAGAUUUGAGGGAGAGGCAGCGGAGAGGGAAAACCACAAAAGAGAGAGAUCUUAUCACUGUGCUGAGUGUGGGAAAAGUUUUACCCGGCCUUCAGAAUUGGCCAAACAUCAGAAAUUUCACUCGGGAGAGAAGCCCUAUCACUGUGGAGUGUGUAAGAAAAGCUUUGGCCAAAUCUCCCAUCUUACAAGACAUCAGAGAAUUCACUCGGGAGAGAAGCCCCAUCCCUGCUCCGAAUGCGGGAAAAGAUUCAAUUGCCCAUCAGAUCUGGCUAAACACCUGCAUAUUCACACAGGAGAAAAGCCGUAUUGCUGUGAUGAGUGCGGAAAAAGCUUUAGUCAGAUAUCCCAUCUUACUAGGCAUCAGAGAAUUCACUCUGGGGAAAAGCCUCAUCACUGCACUGAGUGUGGUGAAGCAUUCAACCAGAGAGCACAUCUUAUCAGCCACCAAAGAAUCCACUCAGGGGAAAGGCCCUACCUCUGCACACUGUGCCAGAAGCGCUUCAGCCACCGAUCAGCACUUACUGUACAUGAGAGAAUCCACAUGGGGCAGAAGCCCUAUGCUUGCUCUGAAUGUGGCAAGCGGUUUGUAGCAAGCUCUGCUCUCACCAGGCAUCAGAGGACCCACUCAGGAGAGAAGCCUCAUACCUGUGCUGAGUGUGGGCGAAGCUUUAUUCAGCACUCUGCUCUAACUGCACACCAGCGAACUCACUCAGGAGAGAGGCCAUAUCCUUGCAGCGAGUGUGGGAAAAGGUUCAACCAGCCAUCUGACCUUACCCGACAUCAAAAAAUCCACACAGGAGAGAAACCGUUUCCCUGUGAUGAGUGCGAGAGAAGGUUUGCCAGGCUCUCUGACCUAAUCAUUCACCGGAGGCUCCACACGGGAGAGAAACCUUAUCGCUGUGUUGAGUGCAGCAGAAGGUUCAGGCAGCGCCGAGCUCUGGUCAAACAUCAGAGAUUCCACCAUUCAAAAGAGAUGCCAGUGGAAAACCUGUCCCUGAAGUCCCAGGUAUAUGGUGAAACUGUAGGAAAGAAGACUUGCCUCAAAUGA